AUGAUUAGACCGUUAAAUAUGCAAGAAUUAUUUCGACUUGCUGAAAAAGUGGAUGAAGCUGCUGAACUGAUAAAGGGAAAAGAUGUCAUUCUUCUGUUUGGAGGAACUGGAUCAGGUAAAUCAACUAAAAUUCAUUUUCUUGGAGGCUCUAAACUAAUAGAAACGAAAGUGAAAGGAAUGUAUCAUAUUCUUGCGGUCGAAAUAAAAAAUGAGGAGUUGAAAAAGAUAACGACUACACCAUUUGCUCGAUCUGAAACGCGAUUUAUCACACCUAUCACAGUAAAUUUUAAAGAUGUUGGUGGUCUUACCAAUGAUAGUUUUGUGUUAUGUGAUAGUCCAUCAGGAUUCGAGGAUACAAGUGGACCAGAAGUAGAUAUUGCAAAUGGUUUCGGUAUUGUUAAAGCAAUAAAAGGAAGUAAAAGUGUCAAACCUGUUAUUCUAAUAAGUUAUUGA